UUCACUCCGUAAGAUUUCUGAAAAUCGUAGUUUUAGUUUUUCAUACGUUUGCUUGUUUUUAAGCUCAAAUACAGUGUUUUCUUGCUUUAUACGUGCGUAGAAUUGAACAAGGCAAUCAUGGGGAAAGGAUACAAUAAUUACAUGACAAAGAAGUUCUUCCAUCCUGGGAAUUUCGACAACAUAAAAAGGGUUUGGAUGGCUCAGCAGAAAACUGAACACGAACAGAAGAAACAGGAAGAACUCCAAUCUCAAUAUGAAAAGGAACAAGAUGUUGUGAACAACAGAGCUCUGUUGGGAGAUGAAAAGGCUCGUGUUGGAUUGAGCUUCAUGUAUGACGCACCUCCAGGUGCCAAUAAGGAGCGUGAAAAGGAGGACAAUGAACCAGAGUACAAGUUUGAGUGGCAGAGAAAAUAUAAAGCACCCAGAGAGAGUUAUGCAAAAGAUGAUGAUCAGAUUAGGGAUCAGCCAUUUGGUAUUGAGGUUCGCAAUGUGCGCUGUAUGAAAUGCCACAAAUGGGGUCAUGUGAAUACAGACAGGAUAUGUCCGUUGUUUGGACAGAACAUCACUGCUGAACCUCCUGCACCUGGUAACAAUCCUGCAGACCUAAUUGGUAUGAUGAAAGAAGAUGGUUUGGCAUUCACUAAGGCAGUCAUGGGACGCAGGAUCAACUCAAUGGAUCCUAAUCAGCAAAUGGUUCCAGGUGAUUCAGAUGAUGAAGAUGAACAGGCUGCAUUCUUUAAAUCCCUCACUCCUAAACAGAAGAAAAAACUACUCAAGAAGCUGGAAAAGAUGCAGAAAAAAUCUAAGAAGAAGAAGAGUAAAAAGAAAAGCAAGAAAAACAGUGAUACUGAUUCAGAUGAAUCCCCUAAGAAAAAGAAGAAGCAGAAGAAAGAGAAGAAAAGGAAACAGGAAAGUGAUUCUGAAAGCUCAAGUGAUGAUUCAGAUGACAGUGAGGAUGAUAGAGCACAAAGGAAGAUAAAACAGGAGAAACAUAGUGGAGCUGAUAGACAGAGAAUGGAAAGACAUGAAGAAGAUUCAAGGCAUGGAAACAACAGAGACACAAGAGACAGAAAAAGAGUCGAAGAAAGAGACAGAGAUAAUAGAAGUCGAAGGGAACGAGACAAUAAUAGAGAUAACAGGGACAGAAGUAGAAGUGAUUCAAGGGAAAGACGACUUAGAAAGGACAGAAAUAGAGAGGACUCUUAUGAAAGAAAUAGAAGGGACCAAGUGAGAGACAAUUCAAGGGAAAGAAAUACAAAAGAUAGAACAAAGGAAAGUUAUAGAGAUGAUUCAAGAGAUUUACAUAGAAGCAAUAGACAAAGGGACCAUUCUAGAGAACGAUCCAGCAGGGACUCAAGAGAAAGACAAGGAAAUAGCAAAAGAAGGGACAGAAAAAGAGAUGACUCGAGAGAUAGACAAAGGAAUGGUAAAAGUAGGGACAGAAGAAGGGACGAUUCAAGUGAACGAGAUAGAAAGCAUAGAGAACGAUCUCCUGAUUCAAGGAGAGCUAGACAUCAGUCUAGAGACAGUUCUGAAGAAAGAACACAUGACAAUCGCAGAGAUAAAAGAAGACACAGAAGGAGUAGAAGUGACUAAUUUUAGUGAAUGCUUAAAUUACUUACAUCUAUUUUAUGAAUAUAAAUUUAAUAUUGUACUAUUAAUUACAUUACAACUGUUUGUCAGAGAAUUUAUCUGUCAGGAUACUAUAAAACUAAACCACACAAACAAUAUUUGGCUACAUUUCCUCUCAGGAUUACACUUACACAAUUACACCAUAUAUGGGGUCUAUGUAAAUAAUGUUUGUACCUUUACAAGCGGGGCCUAUCCCUGAAAUCCUGAAUGUACAGUAUUGCUCUGUAUCAGUUCCCCCCCCCCCUCUUGAGCCAUACUCUCCACCAUAGAAGAAACAACUUCUGAUUGAUAUACUGAAUUUCAAACUUGGUAUUGCUGAG